AUGAAGGUCCCGCUUGCUCCUACGGAGCACCCCAACCAGGUUCUGCGGAAGCUCGGCGCCCCUUGCGACCCAGAACUUCCCCUGAGCUUUGUUUUUGGUCUCGUCGGCCUGCAGCGGGGCUGGAAACCUGGCUCUAAGACUUGGAAGAAAAAUUGGAAUGCUUGCAUGAAUUGCGAGUAUGACCGAUUGAUUGGCUGCCGUGUCACCAACCUCACGACUUGGCAACAACUAUGUGCCAAACUGGGAAUUAAGGAUUCCUUCAAAUCAAUUAACCAGUGCAAGAAGGCCCUGGCUCGUGUCCACGUGAACAUCGUCGACGUUCUGGAAUCGUGGAACUCCGAUACCAUCCCGAUUCGAUUUCAGAACAAUGAGGCCCUUGCUACAUACACCAAGGCAAAUCAGAAGUUCUUUGGUCGACACAUCGCCAAACAAGAUAAGGUCCUCCGGGUUCUGCUUCGUAAGCUGCUCUAA